CCGGCAGACGCCACAAACAAGCUUGAAAGAAUCGGCGGCAGACAGGCAGCGCACACACACUAACGUCUCUCUCACGCAAACGCCUCUCUGCUCUGCCACACCACACCACACCACACCACACCACUUCGCGUCAGAGGCCCACACCCACCCGCACUCGUGCACAUGCAGACAGACAGACAGACAGACAGCCAUCCGCCACUCAUCGGUGAGUGAGUGACACACGAGCAUCCCUCCCCUCUCGCCCUCAGCCACUGCCUGUCUGUGACAGACAAAAGGCCGCUUGACGACAGACAGUGUCGCACACAGGCAGUCAGGCAGGUAGACGGCUACGAAACGAGUGCAUGUCAUCAAGUACCACGAUCAGUCAGUCCGCCCCACUCCCACAAGAUGAUCGAUCGGGCUCACUGCCACAAACACAGCCGGAACGCCCACACCACACGACACGACACGACACGACACGACACAAGGAAAAUUGGCUGCUGCUACUGCUGCUGGGCGGCGAGUUGCUGCUUGGCGGCAUCCAGCUCUUCCUGCAGCUGCUUGUUCUUGGCCCGCAGCUGAUCGUUCUCGGCCUGCAGCUGCUUGUUCUUGGCUUGUUCGGCGGCGAGUUGCUUCUUGGCCGCAUCCAGCUGUUCACGCGCCUGAUCUCUCUCGGCCUGCAGCUCAUCGAAACGGUUGCGUACAUUCUCACACAGCGCUUGGAAGGUCUGUGUGUCGCGCUUGAUCUUGGCCUCCAGCGCAUCGAAAGCGUUCAGCUAUUUCUGUAUCUGAUUGGCCUCGGCAUUCAUCUUGGCCUUCAGCUCAGCUGCAGCUUGGAGAGCUUCUUUCUGUGCAGCGUGUAGGGCCAGGAGAGCUUCUUUCAGUUGUGGGUCCAAGAAUUGGAUCAGCUGGUUGAAUUGUUGUGUGUCGCUGCCCUGGUCCAUCUUCUGGGAGUCGGUGUGAUCGAGGGAGGGAUGGAAGCAGCACCUACACACAGUCACCAGAGACACACAGAGAGGUAAUCGGUUUCUGACAAGCGGGUGCGCAGCAGUGGCCCUGAGGUGCGGAGUGCUGUCCGAGUGCAGGUCAGCUCACUUGAGGCACCGAGGGCGUCAGGAGCGGCUGGAAGGCACAGAACGCGACGAAGCCUGAAGUGACAGGCAGGCAGGCAAAAGCAUUGAUGCGGUGGGAUGGGUGAGUCUCCUGGUCGUCUGUCCUCUUGAAGAUCUGCCUGGCUGCACUCUCACUCCCUGUCCCUCUCACCUUCUGCUUGGUGGGGCGGGCGGCGAGACCACAAAGAUCAAAGCGGCACGAUGACCGACGAAGCAGCAAGUUUGACGUGGCUGCACAGCGCGUCAAGGAUUGGGAUCUGUGUUUCGGCUAUAGCUCGCCGACUGCUCGACGCACCGCAACGCUGAGCAGCGCAGCAGCAACAACACGGACGAUGAGCAUCUGAUCAAGGACAACCACACCAGCCACAGCGACCAACAGAGUCAGCAAUGAUCUCAUCGUCUGUCUGGUCUGGCUGUCAAGGUGUGGAGGGCGAGGCCGUCCGCCGUGCGGUUCGGUGGUCCUUUUGGCGUGCCGCGUGACACGACUGAGCAGCAGCAGGGCCAUGACCAGCAGGCCGACAGCCAAGGCAACCCAAGGCAUUGAGAAGGAGAGACCGGAGACCACCCUGGCUGGCCCCCAUGGAUGCGAUGCGCCUCUGUGGCAUCCGGCGGCUGGUGUGCCAUGCAUUGGAUGCCGUCAGCCCCGACGCUCAGCUCAGCUCAGCUGCACUGCUGCGGGAAGACCUCAGCGACUUUUCUCGUCUCAGCUGGUGGGAGCGAGUCGAAGUGCAAUUCAGAGCCACAGAGGGGAAUGAGCCACGUCGGAGAGGCCAAUGAGAUGCUCCAGGGGCCAUCAGACAGCAGGGGAUGAGCACCAGGUGAGAAGAACACAAGUCAGCACCGACGAAGAAUCUCGUGACUGCUUCGGUUUUGGUUGUGUCUGGCAGGCCCUGGCCUGUCGAGGGAAUGACUGCAGCAGAAUGCUCAUUGAGGUGAAUCACCGAG